AUGAAGGGAAAUCUACUCCCACCUUGGUUCAAGGUUGCCACCCCGCGCUACGAGGACAUCCUGAUAGCGACGUUUUUCUGGGGGUUCUCGCUCUCCAUUGGAAUCUUCACCUUUGCCAAGGGAUUCCGACAGACGUACCGCUCAUGGACACGCAAGUCUCUAUGGUCACGGUCGCACAGACUCAGCGCAUACAUUGUCAUGAUUUGGCUGGAGUGGGCUAGCUGUAUCAUUAUUUCCAUUUGUAGCUGGCUUUAUCUCAUCGGUGUCAUCAAGCCGAGUUUUUGGUAUUUCAUGGGCAUACUCGUCAUGUGGACGGUUCAGGUCCAGUGCUUGAUGGAGAUCCUGGCGAACCGAGUCUCUCUCAUAAUGUACAACCCCGAAAAGUCCAGGAGGCUCAAAUGGGGAGUAGGCAUUGCCAUAGGAUUCAUCAACAUCAGCGUGUUCUGCAUCUGGAUUCCCGCGCGCCUCCAGAUCAACGAUUGGUUCAUUGAAGCCAACAAAAUAUGGGAUCGUAUCGAGAAAGGGCUCUUCCUGAUCAUCGACGGAAGUCUUAACGCAUACUUUAUGUGGCUCGUGCGAUCCAAGCUCAUUGCCAACGGCCUGACAAAAUACAAGCGCGUCUACCGCUUCAACCUGUCCAUAGUUUGUGUGUCGCUCUUGAUCGAUGUGUUGAUAAUCGCCACUAUGUCUCUUCCCGACGAUACUGUCAUCAGCUUACCAAGUGAGGCAGUCUCGACCAUGGAUCCUCUAAAGGACCCAAAGGGCCAUGCCCGGACAAAAUCUGGCGUCAAAGCAACACGUCCGCGCUCCUCGACCAAAGGGCCGCUUGACAUGGACCAAGGGCCUCUGCCAUCGCCCCUAUCGCCUCAACAAUCCCAGAGAAUGGCUCUAUUGGGCCCGGCAAGAAGCCCCGGCCUCGCCUCCCCGCUUUCGCGGUCGGCGGCUCACUCGCCGGUUCCCAGGCGCAUGACACCACGUCCCAAGGACUUCUCCUAUCUUCUCCGCCCUGAGAUUUACCAUCCCCUGACGCCCCUCAAUGUCCCUCCCUCCUUCCGCAACUCACCCAAGCAGCCCUCCCCCGACACGUCGAUCCCAGAUCUGCUGGCGCGGGGCCAGUAUCGCGCGGCUGCCAUCUCUGCCACGCAGGCUCUCACUGGCGCCGGUGGCCUCGCGCCGCCCGACCCAUCGGACCACGUCCUCAUCUUUGAACUCUUGUACACGCGCUUCGCCUGUCUGACGCUCAUUGAUGCUACGCCCAUUGCAGCGCAGGAGGUGAAGACGCUCGAAGACCUCAACAGCUCCUUCUACGUCGACGAGGCCACGGGUCUGCAUCUUGUUCCCUGGGAGCUGCGCGUCAUCAACGUCAGGCUCCAGGCUAUGGGCUUUGGGGACCCCCGGCGUGCCGUCAUGAGCUACUACGAGCUGGCGCGGGAGGCCCGCGAUCGCCUGGCCGAGGCAACUGCGCGCCAUGACAACUCGGCCCGCGAGCUCUGGAAGGACAGGCUCGCGGAUCUCGGUAUCAGGGUCGUCGGCGCGCUGAUUGAGAUGGACGACCUCACUGGCGCCGCCCAUCAUCUUGCAUCGCUCAAGGACCGAGGGGACGGGAAGAUGGCGACGGCCAAAGCGCUGCUGUGGCUCCAUCUGGGAGAUGUCGAGGCCGCCCGGCGGUGCAUGAAACCCGGGCGGGUGGACGAGGUUGUCGAACAGACGAUAGCCGCUCUGUGUGACAUGGCGGACGGCGAGUAUGUGGCGGCACUAGCACGCUGGAGAGAGUUAAAAGAGCAGUCGGACGACGAGAUGAUUGGGGUUAACAUGGCGGUUUGCCUGCUAUAUGUGGGGAGGAUGCGGGAGGGCAAAACUCUACUCGAGAGCUUGGUGGACUCGGGCUGUUCCUCGCACACCCUGUUGUUCAACUUGACAACCAUGUAUGAAUUGUGUACGGAGAGAGCAAAGAGCCUGAAGAUUAAGUUGUCGGAGAAAGUGGCAUCGAUGGACGAGACGCCCAAAGGCUGGGAGAAGACUAAUGCAGAUUUCAAACUGCAGUAA